CCCUGGUAUCUAUCUUUCUUUCCCAUUUCCAAACACCUCCACUGGGUUUCCAUUACCGCUUACCCCUCUUCCAAGGCACAGUUCACACACAGAACUUUCCAGUAUAUAAUAACUCUCCUCAUUUCUACACACUUCCCAUUCAUCAAAAUUUUCCUCUCUUCAUAUUCCCUCUGUUUCACUCUACUAUCUCAUUUUUUCUUUCCUUCCAUUUUCCACUAAACCAUGGACGUAAAGUUAGGUUCUCUCGACACAACCAAGCCAGCAAGCAACGACGUCGUUUCAUGCGCCACCGCCAACCACACCACGGCGAUCCAGUCCUCGAUCCCAUCAACGGCGGUGUCCACCUGCGACGCCACGCUCGGCCGCCACCUCGCGCGCCGCCUAGCUCAGAUCGGCGUCACCGACGUGUUCUCCGUCCCCGGCGACUUCAACCUCACGCUGCUCGACCACCUCAUCGCUGAACCGCAGCUCAACCUCGUCGGCUGCUGCAACGAGCUCAACGCUGGGUACGCCGCUGACGGCUACGCUCGAGCACGCGGCGUCGGCGCCUGCGUCGUGACGUUCACCGUCGGUGGACUCAGCGUGCUCAACGCUAUUGCUGGAGCUUACAGUGAGAACUUGCCCCUCAUUUGCAUCGUUGGUGGGCCGAACUCCAACGACUAUGGAACCAGCAGGAUCCUUCAUCAUACCAUUGGGUUGCCGGAUUUCACACAGGAGUUGAGGUGUUUUCAGACUGUUACUUGCUUUCAGGCUGUGGUGAAUAAUUUGGAGGAUGCUCAUGAGCAGAUUGAUACAGCAAUCUCAACUGCACUGAAAGAGAGCAAGCCUGUGUAUAUAAGCAUUAGCUGUAACUUGCCUGGGAUUCCUCAUCCUACUUUCAGCCGCGAUCCUGUUCCUUUUUCAUUGUCUGCCAAAUUGAGUAACCAGAUGGGGUUGGAGGCAGCAGUAGAGGCAACUGCGGAGUUCCUUAACAAGGCUGUGAAACCAGUACUUGUGGGUGGUCCUAAACUGAGGGUUGCAAAAGCAUCUGAUGCCUUUGUUGAACUAGCUGAUGCAAGUGGUUAUGCUCUUGCUGUGAUGCCAUCAGCUAAAGGGCAAGUUCCAGAGCACCAUCCCCAUUUCAUUGGAACUUAUUGGGGUGCUGUGAGCACUGCAUUCUGUGCUGAGAUUGUGGAGUCUGCUGAUGCGUAUUUGUUUGCUGGUCCCAUUUUCAAUGACUACAGCUCUGUGGGGUACUCACUUCUUCUCAAGAAAGAGAAGGCAAUCAUUGUGCAGCCUGAUCGCGUUGUGAUUGCCAAUGGGCCUGCAUUUGGGUGUGUGCUGAUGAAGGACUUCCUCAAGGCACUUGCGAAGCGUCUCAAACACAACAAUGCUGCAUAUGAAAACUACCACAGGAUAUUCGUCCCUGAAGGGAAGCCUUUGAAGUCUGCACCGAAAGAACCUUUGAGGGUUAAUGUUAUGUUCCAGCAUAUACAAAAGAUGCUGUCUGGUGAAACAGCUGUGAUUGCUGAGACAGGGGACUCAUGGUUUAACUGCCAAAAGCUGAAAUUGCCAAGAGGGUGUGGGUAUGAGUUUCAAAUGCAAUAUGGCUCAAUUGGAUGGUCUGUUGGUGCAACCCUUGGCUAUGCACAGGCAGUCCCUGAGAAGCGAGUGAUUGCUUGCAUUGGUGAUGGAAGCUUUCAGGUGACUGCUCAGGAUGUAUCGACAAUGCUGCGAUGCGGUCAAAACACCAUCAUCUUCCUGAUAAACAAUGGUGGAUACACCAUCGAGGUUGAAAUUCAUGAUGGGCCAUACAAUGUGAUUAAGAACUGGAACUACACUGGGCUGAUUGAAGCAAUCCACAAUGGUGAAGGGAAAUGCUGGACUUCCAAGGUCUUCUGUGAAGAGGAGCUAGUUGAAGCAAUUGCAACUGCAACAGGACCAAAGAAAGAUUGCUUAUGCUUCAUUGAGGUGAUUGUUCACAAGGAUGAUACCAGCAAAGAGUUGCUUGAAUGGGGCUCCAGGGUCUCUGCUGCCAAUGGUCGUCCUCCCAAUCCUCAGUAAACUUCAGACCCUGCCUGUUACUUACAUUGCUGAAAUUGCCCUUUUACUCUGAAGAAUUGAGAACCCUUCUUCGUUAGAAUUGAGAACCCUCAAGAUUUGUACUUCCACGGAAUUUGCUUUUCUUAUUGUCUUGCUCGUUUAUGUAACUUUGUCCACCGUUUUGUAUAAAUGCAUUCAAUUGAGAUCAAAAGCAUCCAUCACCUUGUUUAUCUCGUAAUAAUGCUUAUAGUUACUUCAA